AUGCCCGCGGCGGGCGGGCUGACCCGCGGCGGGAGGACCGGGCGCGCAUCGGGACGUCGCCUCGGGAAAGGUAAUUACGCGGUGAAACAUCGUCGCUUUCGUCUCGUCGAGGCGUCCGCGUCGAAUCCGGAGGAGUUCAUCGUCGGCUGCGGCACCGGGGACGUCACCGGCCCGAUCGACGGCGUCGGCAUGAUGGGCUACGCCAAGAUCGGGCAGGUGACCCGCGGGAUGUGGCAGCGGCAGUGGGCCAGGGCGUUCCUCGUAUCCUCCUCCUCCGAUUCCCUCGAUUCUUCCGAGACGGUCGCCGUCGUCGUCGUGGACGCGUGCAUGUGCUUCCCGAAUCUCAAGACCGCCGCGCUGCGCGCCCUCGCGAAGACGCGCGGCACGCACCACCCCCUCACCGAGGCCAACACGUGCGUCUGCGCCACGCACACCCACGCCGCCCCAGGCGGGUUCGCGCCCUUUGGCCUGUACAACGUCACCACGGGCGGAGCCGUCUCGGUCGCUUUCGACGCCGCGGUCCAGGGCGUCGCGGAGGCGCUCGACGCCGCCCUGGACGACGCCAUCGGUCGCCCUCGCUGUGCGCUCUCGCUGACUCGCGCUACACUCGCGGGCGCCGCCGUGAACCGCUCGACGCACGCGUACAGACGUAACCCGGCGAGCGAGAGAGCCGAGGUUGACUCGCUCGGGUCGGGAACGGAGGGCGUCGACGAGACGCUGACGGUGCUGCGAAUGGGCGAGAUUCGGGACGGCGUUGACGUACAUGGGGGUGCCGAUGGGGGUGCCGAUGGGGGUGCCGAGGGUGCCCUCGCGUCGUUGCGCGGCGCCGUCGUCUGGUACGCCGUCCACGGGACGUCGCUCCGAAACUCGUUCACCCUGGCGAGCGGCGAUAACAAGGGCGUCGCGUCGUGGCUGGCGGAGACGGCGCUGGCUGGAUCCAACGACGGGGACGACGUCGCUUCCUCCCUCGCGAGGUGCCGCGCGCUCAUCGACGCGUUCGGCGGCGGCGAGGUGUUCGAUCCGAGCGAAGACGGCGUGCGCUUAGCCGUCCAGGCGCCGAGCGUCGCCGCCGCCGCCGUCGCCCUCGAAAGUAGCUCGACGCGUGGCUCCCAAAAGCCGCGCACCGGCACCGGCCGCCGGGUUGUGGUGGCGUUUCCGCAGGGCGCGUCCGGGGACGUCAGCCCGAACGUUCGCGGCGCGCGGCGCGUGAACGACCCGACGCGUUUAUGCGACGAGGUCACCGGCGCGGGGGACGAGUUAAAAGUCACCGGAUGCGCGGGGUUCGGGCCCGCCGGCGCGGACGACGCCGCGGGGUGCGUCGCGACGGGAGCGGCGCAGGCGGCGGCCGCGUUGAAGGCGCUGACGAACUAUCAGGGAUCGAAAGGCGGCGCUCUCGAGGGAUCGAAAGGCUUCCGUUCGCUCGCCGGUCCGGUGCGUCACGCGUACCGGUGGCUGCCCGUCGGCCGCGGCGUCUCCGUCGACGGCCGGUUCACCGCGGACGGCGACGUCGCGCGCACGAGCUCGCCCGCCAAGGGAUACUCGUUCGCGGCGGGGACCACGGACGGCCCCGGUCAGGAUGGGUUUUUGCAGGGAAUCACCGCCGACGACGAGGACGGGGACGGGGGCGAGAGGGGCGUCGUGAUCGAGAGGUGGAAGACGGCGGCGUCGUUGGCGUCGUGGGGGCUUUCGGGUUUCGGCGGGGGUUUCGAGGGCGCUUUCGGGGGCGUCCCCGGGAACGUGCGGGAGUCGCACCGGCCCAAGCCGGUGCUGUUACACUUUGGCGACGCGAACGAGGUGGCGCGGGACCACGCUCAGGACGCCUGGGUCGCGGUGGACGUCCCGGUGCAGGUGCUUCGGGUCGGGACCCUGCUCGUGGCGUGCGUUCCCGCCGAGGUGACCACCGCGGCGGGUGCGCGGCUGGUGCGGUGGAUCAAAGCGUCCGCGGCGGAGGCGGCGGGAACGGGACGGACGGACGGCGACUGGGAGGUCAUCGUCACCGGUCUGGCCAACGGGUACAGCGGGUACGUCACGACUCCGGAGGAGUACGCCGCGCAGAGGUACGAGGGCGCGAGCACCCUGUACGGGCCGAACACGCUCGGAGCGUACGCGAUGUGCCUGUGCGAGUUGACCCGCGAGUUGUUGACCGCAAACGAUUCGACAGCAAACGAUUCGACCGCAAACGAUUCGACCGCAAACGAUUCGACCGCAAACGAUUCGACUGCAAACGACGAUUUGACGCGAUCGCGAUCGGGUUCGGCUCCCGGUUCCGCCGCGAACACACCGCGGGACGGUAUCCAGGCUCGCGUGCCCCCCGUGGACCUGCGCUGGCCCCCGUGGAGGCGUUUCGGCGACGUUUUGGCAUCGAACGUUACGCGGGACGCGAGCGGAAUUCGGAGGGUACUAACGGCCGGUAUCGACGAGGCUUCCGCGACAUUUCUGUGCGGCAGGCCCCGGCGCCACGCGCGGCCGCCGCCGUUGGGCACGUACAUGACGGUGGAGCGGUUAAGGCGCGAGGACGCCCAAGGGCAGGCUGAAUGGGAGGUUGUCGCGACGGACGACGACUUGAGCACGCGCGUCGAGUACCGCCCAGCCGGACCCUUCGGCCUGAGUAGCGAGCUGACGCUUCGAUGGCGCCCGCCAGAGAACAUCCCGGGUGGGGUGUACCGCGUGGGCGUUCGGGGCGUCGCGAGGGGCGUGAGAAAGUUCAUCAAGCGGGAGAGUCCCGGCGAGUACGAGGGAUACUCGGAGCGGUUCCUCGUGGAGCCGCGGGCGCGGGAGUAG